UUCAUGUACUGUUGCUGUUAGUUCAGCGCUGUGUGCGAGAUGAUUACAUUACGCGACAGCUGGACUUUGACCGGUCAGCGUCCGGCAGAAAGUUAAGUCACCAGUUCACACUGGAAACCAAUAAUGUGGUUUCACUUCUUUUUGCCUGUGUAAAACAUUGAUGUUAAAUACAUUCCAUCAGAAUGGACAACAGAAGAAAGGAUUUUAACGGCCUGCAGAGAACAACAAAAGGGGACAAACGCUUCCUUCCAGAGCUGAGGAUCGUCCUUCUGGGUCACGACUGGCUGGAGAAGAGCUUGACAGGAAACACCAUCCUCGGCCGCCAGAUGUUUGACGUCAGCAGAGACGUGAAGAUGUGCGUUAGGAGGCAGCGGGUUCUCGACAGCGGACGUAAAGUCAUAGUGGUGAACACCCCCGAAAGGUGGAUCCACUACUCUGUCGCAGACCCGGGCUUGUUGACCGUAAACAUGGCGGCCUGCAUGGACAUGUGUUCACCGGGGCCGCAUGUCUUCCUUAUGGUCAUCCCUCUCAGCUCCCACAGAGGCAAGGAGUGGACGGUAGAAGGACCCCUGGAGCUCAUUCACGACAACCUGUGGAGAAACACAGUGAUAAUAUUCACCAGGCAUGAGAAGCUGAGGGGCUCGUCUGUGGACGGCUUCAUUGCAAGCCACGGGUUUCUCAAGGGCGCUUUGGAGAAAUGCCAACACAGAUACCACCUGUUGGACACAAGCACUUGGGGGGAAGGUGACGACACACAGGUAGUGGAGCUGUUGCAGAAGGCGGAUGCAGUGGUGGCUGGAAACAGGGCGGCGGGAGGAGCUGGUUAUGUGGCCACAAAUGAAAAACUCCUGAAGAUCACUGAGGACGAACAGAAAGAGAUCGAAGCCAGGGCAAAACUGAGGCAAACGAAGGUGCAGAUGACCAGGCGCACACUCAGAUCAGUGAGAGGGCCGUCCUCCUGUCUUUCUACACCUCAGCUAGUGAUUGUGGGGCCAAAGCACGCUGGGAAAAGCUCCGCAGGGAACACCCUUCUUGGUGAGAAGGCGUUUCCUGCUGGACAUCCAGCAUCACGGUGCAUGAAGAGGCAAGGUAGCGUCUGCUCGAAGCGGGUCACUGUGGUCAAGUGUCCCGGCUGGCAUGGCAGAUACUGCCCAGAGAACACUCCAGAGGAGCUCCUGCAGCAGAUCAGCACGAGUGUUUCCCUGUGUGCCCCCUUCCCUCACGCUGUGCUGGUGGUCGUACGCAGCGACGAGACCUUCACUGAAACCGACCGACUGCGAGUGGAGGAACACGUGAGCGUCUUUGGAGUUUGGAUGUGGAUGCGGACGUUUGUGUUGUUCACCUGGGGAGACAAACUGGGAGCCACUCCCAUUGAGGAGCACAUUGAGCGAUGGCCGGCUCUUCAGCGGCUGGUGGACAAAUGCGGGAACAGGUACCACGUUGUUGAUAACACAAACAAAGUUGGAGACGUUCAGGUCAGAGAACUCCUGGAAAGGGUCGAGGAGAUGCAGGUGUUGAAUGACCCCGAAAACCUGCUCAGUGCUUUCAUGAAACUCCAAAACACCAACGCAGAGCUAGACCAAAGAUCUAAAAGCAUGAAAAAACAGAUGAGGAGGGUGAAGGUCAAGAACGACCUCCUGAUGCAUAGGGUCAAUGAGAUGGAGAAGCUCAUAGAAGCUCUAAAAAGGAAGCGUGAGAUGGAAAAAGAGAUAGAAGAGAAGAAGGAGGCUGAGAGGAACAAUGAUGAGCUCAAACAAUUUCUUAUGGAAAAAGAUAGAAUGAUAGCAAACCUGAGUGAAAGGUGUGUGGAGAAAGAGGAGGCCGUAAAAGCUACAGAGCAAAGCAGCAACGCAGCGAAGACGGCGCUACAGGAAGAAUUACAGGAGCGAGAGCGAGACGCGGCAGCUCUAAGGAAGCUGUGUGAGAGGAAGGAGAAAGAUCUGGAGCAGAUCGUGAGCAAGCACAAGAGAUGCGCGAGCGAACUCAGCGAGACCAUAAGAAAGCUGGAGAGAGAGAAUGAAGAUACGAGGAGAAUGUUAAAAGCUACGAUCGAAGGGGUGCAGAAGCUCCAGGAGAAAAAAGGAAGUGGGAGCGCGAACGAGGCCAAGAAUGAGGACUUUAAGGCAGGUCAGACCCUCAGGAGAACAAAGGUGAACCUCAGGCCACUGGAGGUUGGUCACCGACACAAAUGGACCUUCACAGUGGGUCAACAAGGAGACGCUGUCAAACCCUUUCUAGAGACAAAGCACAGAAGGGACAACGAUAACAAGGGUUCUGCAGACCGAGCCUGCCAGCUGACGGGUGAGUGGACCCUGUCAUGGCUCAGCGCUGGAGGAGCCGCUCUGGGAGCCGCUUUCGGCGUCUGGGCAGGUUUGAGCAGCAGGUCAGCGUUCGGGGCCGCGCUCGGAGCUCUGCUGGGAAACUUAGUGGCCCAAGGAGUCAGGCUCCAGCAGAGGAAGAUGGAGUCAGAGGCUGGCAGCAAGUGGGACAACAGCCCAUAGAGCCAUGUGAUAAACAACGCAGUGUUUGGAUGAAGCAGGAAAAGCGAUUCUGAAAGGAUGUGAACGACAGCACGAUCACUGUGUCUAUUACACUUUACACAUAUUUAUAUAUGAUUUGGUAACUGUACAACAAUAGAAAUAAAGGGAGGGAGGGAGGACUGGGUGGGAAAGUGGAAGACGACUGUAAUAUUAAAAGGCAGCUCAGGUAUGAUUAAAUGGCACUGUUACUUGAUGAAACAAGUAAUCUUCUUUAAUUAAUUUACUCAGAACUUAAUUCUAACAACGUGCAUAAUGAUUCUGUGAAUCAACAUCACAGUAAAUGUUCUCUCAUUUCUUAUUUCUGUCUUAAAGUGACAAAUGAACAAAUUGAACAACUGAGGUUUCAGAGAUGAACAAAUUGACGACAUACUUUAUGUAUUAUACAUAAAUGUGCACCUGUUAAUUAUAAAGCAUUAUUAUUAAUUUUAUUAGAUCAGCACAUAAUAAGACUGUGUCUGAUUUCAACACUGUUUACCCAGCUAAGCUGUGGUUUAGUGAAUGUGAAGGGGUUAAAUCUUUCCUAACAGCUAUGACCACCUUUUUUAAAUCAUAUUGCUCAUAUAAAAAUAUUAUUGCUAGAUGUUUAAACAUCAAAAAUAUCAUUGUCUAUCUGCUGUUGGACCAGUACACGAGGAAGCUUCAACUAAAUCCCAUUGUAUUUUUAGUUAAUUAAAGCAAUAUUGAGGACGGACAGACUGACAGAUGAGGGUAUUAAGGUUUUAAUAGGUAUAAAGCUCAAAGGUUACACAGAGCUCAACAAGGAGAUGAUCAGGCUGCAAUGAGUUAUAACAAUAAAAACAUCUUUCUGAAGUGCCCGCUGUAAUAAAUAUGCAGCUUGAACUGAACUGAACCCAAAACAAAAUGAGAGAAAGAAGAGAAACUCCAUUACUUUUCUAUAGAAACAUAGAUGCUGUGCAUAAAUCACAAAAAAAAAGACCAAGUCUGUUAAUAUCUCAGGCCUAAACUCACUGCACCAUCCUGCACAGAGAACCAGUUCUGUUGCUCAGUCAUGAUCAUCAUACAGUAUUAACAGAGUUUGUUCAUAUCUGCUGAGGUUGAUUUAGUUUCAAAAUGUCUUUUGGUUUGAGAACUUUUAGUACAAACAAAAUUCGGUUUCGUAUUUUUGUUAAUUUCAAUCCAUAAAUAAGCGGAUUGAUUAUUUGAGGAAAAAUGAGAAAUUCUAUUGCCAAGAAAUUCUGAGCAUGUUGUGGCAAAUUCUUUGAACCAAACAGUGUGUACAACAAAUCAAAAAGUAAAGAUAUAGUGAAAAUAGUUAGAGCAAACACGUGUGGCACACACGUCUGAAUGAACUUAUUCAUGUUUUCUCUGGAUUUUAAGCAGGUCUUAAUCAUUUGUAUGUAAGUCCACACAACAAAGGCAGCAUGACCUGUAAAAAUAGAACUGUUAACAGCUGGAACAAUAGUCUUUGCUAUGGAGGGAGAACAAGCAAGGUUAAUAAGUAAAAUGUUAACACAGUAGAUCUUU